CUGCCAGGAACUCCGUGCAGUGCGGACUGGAGCCAGGUUCGCGAUCCCUCUGCUAGUGUUUUCAAGAAAAAAACCCCACACAGAAACGCUGCUCAAAUUCCUGCCUUCAAACCCUCUCCCCUGCGGCGGCGGCUACAAAGAUUCAGCGCGGAAGGAAGAGCUCGAUUAGCCAAAAAGAGAAGGAAAACGAUAAGAAGCAAAGUUCAUCGACCCCUGGGAGUUUGACUUAUUCCGUCACAUUUUAUUGGAGAGAAGCUGGAAGACCAGUCGAGCUGAGACGAGCUGCUGCUCCCCUGUAAAACCCCAUGUCUGUAUCCGAAAGAGAAUAAACGCUUAAAAGCCAGUGAUGAUGCAUCUAUGAUCGAGCAGUGUGGAAAAUUAUAUUGGAAGGAUAACUCCGCGAUGCUGGAAUGAAGAUAGACGCUUUUCUUCCGGUUUAGCUCUCAAAACCUGACUUCAACAGUAUUACAUGCCACAGAAUGCAGCAAAUGAGGAGCUGUGGUUGCAAAAUGCACCUUCCCAUCGCUUUGAUCCUUGGAGUUAUUGCAGUGAUACAAACAAUGGAUUUGGAUAAUAUUCCCAGAAGGACAGUAUCACUUCAUGAUUCACCUAAUUACAAGCGAUUUAGUCGUAGCGUGUCCAACUACACCACACUGUGGCUGGAGGAGACGCUGGGGUGGCUUUACGUUGGAGCACGAGGAGCCAUUUUUGCCCUCAACAUAAGCAACAUCAACGACAGCUCCGCGAAAACGAUAAACUGGGAAGUGCUGCCAGCAAAAAGAACUGAUUGCCUGGAGAAGCGAGGUUACACUGAGACUGACUGUUUUAACUAUGUCCGCUUUCUGCAAAGAUUCAAUGGGACUCAUUUAUAUACCUGUGGGACAUAUGCAUUUCAUCCUCACUGUGCUUAUAUCGAGAUGGAGAAUUUUACAUUGUCACCUACCUUUGAGGGGAAAGAGAGAUGUCCCUAUGACCCCACAGUUGGAUACACAGGUCUCAUUGUCGACAAUAACAUCUACACUGCUACGCUGUAUGGGUUCCAUGGCACACUGGCAGAUAUAAAGAGGAACUUCCAGAAACGCUCCCUCAGAAUGGAUGAUUCUCUCCCUUACUCACUGAAUGAUGUAACCUUUAUUGAUUCGGUCUUGGUGACGGAAAGUGUCAACAGCUCGGUGGGAGAUGACGACAAAAUUUACUUCUUUUUCACGGAGAAACUGAGCGAAGAGAAUGCAUUCGACGGGAAGCCGUUGGUCACAAGAGUGGCUCGUGUCUGCAAGAGUGAUGAAGGAGGAAUGAGAAUACUACAGAGGAAAUGGACAUCCUUCCUGAAGACACGGGUUGUGUGUUCCAUCCCAGAAUUUGGCUUCCACUUCAACAUCCUGAAGAGUAUUUAUGUUCUGAACCAAGGAAACUGGCAAAACACAAUAUUCUAUGGAGUGUUUCUAUCGCAAUGGCAAAACAUCGAAAUCUCUGCUGUUUGCCAGUACACCCUUGCCAGCAUACGGACGGCAUUCGAAGGGAGGUAUAAGGAAGAUCAGGAAUCACCGCGCUGGUGGUUGAGGUACAUGGGCAAGCCUCCGGAGCCUCGCCCAGGAUCGUGCAUUACGGACGAGUUCAGGAGAAAGGGCUUGAAUACAUCGCGCGACCUGCCAGACAAUGUGCUGGACUUUGUGAAGAAGCACCCGCUGAUGGACGAAGAGGUCAGCCCCCUGGGAGGGCGUCCGCUGUUCGUAAAGAGAAAUGUGAACUACACCAAGAUUGCCGUGGAUACUGUACCAGUACUGGAUGGCAAGCUCUACCACGUGAUGUUUAUUGGGACAACUAAUGGAUGGCUACACAAGGUGGUGAACAUUGGCUCCCACAUCCACAUCAUUGAGGAGAUUGAGCUCUUUGAGGAAUCCCAGCCUGUUGAAAGUCUCGUACUUGCCAGCACUCAGGGGAUGCUGUACGUUGGAUCACAGAGCAGUGUACUCCAGCUCGCUGUGGCUCAGUGUCACAAAUAUUCAACAUGCUUCGAUUGUGUCUUGGCUCGGGACCCUUACUGUGCUUGGGAUGGCAGUGUUUGCCAGGAGAUUCAGCUGGGCGAGAACAGGGCACAGCUGAUUCAAGACAUUGUGACUGGGAAGAACGGGUGUACAGAACCUGGUCAAGAUGUUCCUUUGGAAGCGAAGAACAGAUGGGUGCAGAAAGGGACAGAUGUCUUCCUACAGUGCAUCCUCAGUUCGAACGUCGCCACCACGAGGUGGAAAGUCAAUGAAGAGGAGGUGCUGGGGAAUGAUGGGAAACAUUAUUGCCUGAAGGAUGGCUCUCUGGUGAUCAAGGACGUGCAGCCCACUGAUGAAGGGCAGUACAGAUGCUUUGCUGAGGAGAAUGGAGUACACUAUGUGGUAGCCUUACAUAAUAUCAGUGUUGGGGAUAGCUCUGCAGUCACACCCAUCCCUCAGCCAUCCUCCCCUCAGCGGCUGAUCUCUAAGGGCCGCGAGUUCGUCUAUCUCAUCAUCAUCGCCGCCCUGGCUGCUCUCACCCUCGUCCUGACCACUCUGUCCAUCUACCUGUUCUGCUGGCCCUCCAAGAGGGGCGAUUACAGCGUCCGGUUGCCCAGCUCGUCGCUGGUGGAGCUGCAGCAUGUUUCGGGCUCGUGCACCGGGAAAGCCGAGGACGGGGACGCUGGUCGGCCUUAUGGCGGAGAGCGCCUCCUGAAGAUCAUCCCGGGCGAAGGGGCGACGUCGGCCUACCACAGGGGCCCAGGCAGCGGGGAGCUGCUCCCCCCACCUCCUCCGCCUCCUCCCCCACUGCCCCUCCCCCACGACUCUCCCCCUCCGACUUCGGUCACCCCCAACGGCCUGCCGCACGUGUUGAGGAAAAUGAACGGUAACUCGUACGUCCUGCUGCGGCAGGCCAACGAGAUGGAGCCUGGUCUGCCCCAUUACCACUCCUUCACCGAGGAGCUCAGCAAGAUGCUGGAGAAACGCAAGCACGCCCAGCUGGUGGAGAAACCGGACGAGAGCUCGGUGUGAGGGAAGCGGGCGAGUGUGGGGGGUGCCGCGCCUCCCAGCUACGGUGCCGCAACAUCUACCUCAGAAGUUCACCAAAGAUCCUCAGGCAGCACCUUCCAAACCCAACACCGCCUCCCAUCCAGACAGGCAGCAGACACAUGGGAGCACCAUCCCCUUGCUCGUUCCCCUCCGAGCCACUCACCAUCCUGACUUGGAAAUAUAUCGCCAUUCCUUCCCUGUCGCUGGGUCAGAAUCCUGGAGUUCCCUCCGUAAGGGCAUUGGGAGUAUGGACUGCAGCGGUUCAAGAAGGAAGCUCACCACCACCUUCUCGAGGGGCAACUGGGGACAGGGCACCAGAUGGUGGAUCCGGCCAGCGAUGCCCAUGUCCAACAAAUAAAUAAUAAGAAAGUGUCAGUGUUUAAGGGAAGUCCACCACAGGAGGCUGACUCAGGUCUUGUCCGAAGACCCCCUUUUUCUAUUUCGCCAAUCCAGAAUCCGACUGUACGUGGAAAGCAUUUACCAACUGUAAAUAAUGGCUUGGCUUUUAGUAUAUUCUUCACUCUGUUUUUGGAUAUCAGUCGAAGGCGAGAUUUUAUAGAGAGCCCACUGAGCUUAAAAACGGUGAAGCACAAAACGGGAGUCGAGAGCAAACCCUUGACCUUUUAUCAACUGAGCAUUGUCACGUCCUUGAGCAGACCAAGCUUGAGGGGCUGAAUGGCCUCCUCUUGUUCCUAUGUAACCCAGCGGGAAUCUCCUGAUAAAAGACAGGCUGCUGCAAAUGGGCAGGGCAGACACAGUGGUGAGUUUGUGCUAAAACUGACAUGUCUGUGGAGCGUUGCUGCCAAAUGGCCGAUCAAGAUAGUAAAUAUAUUUUACACGCUUCGACAUAUGGACACUUUACACCCGUGGUGCAGCGUGGAGUGUCUCUUGGAGCUGAAUUCCAGCCACAAAAGAAAACAAAAAGAACUGCGGAUGCUGGAAAUCAGAAGCAUAAACGGAAAAUGCUGGAGAAACUCAGCAGGUCUGGUAGCAUCUGUGGAGAGAACUGGACCCGAAGAGUUAACUCUGUUUUCUUUCCACAGAUGCUGGCAGACCUGCUGAGUUUUUGCAGCGAUUCCUGUCCUUGUAUCAGCCAGCACGAGAACUGUUGGCUUGAUUAUAAUGUGCACACCAGCCAUUUUACUAGCACUUGCAGAGAUUAUUCUGUAUUGGAGAAAGGACGAGGAGGAAAAAUAAUUCCUUAAAAUCAUCUUCCCCAAGAGAGGUACGAUGCUGGCCCCCCUCAGAAGAGGGUGUGGUUUGAACUGAUGGGUCAUCCCUCUGUUUGCACAGUGUGAACGAGCUUUAUUUUCCCAUCAUCACACCUCAGAUCAUGACAGGCUAAUGGGGCUUUGUGUCUGGCAGUUACAGAUACAGGCUGCAGUGGGGAUGGGGCAGGAACCAGGGGAAUUGUGUGCGGGUGUGCAAGACCCGGAGGGGGUUUCGGAGAUUGGGCAGUUGCAGAUACUGAGGGGGUGGGGUGGGUUCCUCUAUGGACAGGUUUAGGGUGUGCAGGGGAAGGCAGUGUGGACUGUAUGAACGGGGAGAAGUGUUGCGAUGUUCGUUCUUGGUCUCACUGGCAGAUUGUCUUUGGCUGCCUGGAGGUAUGUUAAAAUCAAGCUGCCUCCGUGUGGCCUGGAGUCACAUGGGGCUGAUAGCAACCAGGCUGGGCUGCUGGCACCAUCCCUUUCGCAAAGGCCUUCAAGAAAUAGUUGAGUUCUUACAGCAAUCCAGUGUGGUAGAUGCCUGGUUCUCGACCAUAACCUGCAGUCUGCACGCUGUUGAACCUUAAUUAUGGAACAGCCCCAUCCAGGUCCCACUGUCAUGCAAUAGGGAGAAGAGCACAAAACCCAGAAUUUUCUUUGAAAGUAGUAAAAUACUGGAUAUUUGUGUUAAGGAAGAUUUGGGUGUCUUUGUACGUGAAACACAAAAAUAAAUGCAGCACACGGCCGAUACCAGUAGCUGCGUAGGAGCGUAGUAUGUUGGCUUUUGUGGGUGAGGGUUCGGAGUACAAUAGGAAAGUCUUUUGCCCUUUAGUAGGGUUUUAGAGAACCACUGCCCGGGUGACUGCUUGCAGUUUUUCUCCUGACUUAGGGAAAGUCAGUGUUGACUUUGAGGACACGCAGUUAAGUUUGACUCUACUGUUUCCUGUUUUAAGAAGAUGAUUAUGUAGAUUGGGCCUACCCUCCCUAUAGUUUGAAGGAAGGAGAGCAGACCUCAUUGCAAAGCGUAGGAUACAGGGCACAAUAGGGCUUUCUUUUCGAGAUUCCAGAACUGGAGGCCAUUGUCCUGAGGGCAAGGGACCCAUCCUUUUCAAUGGAGAUAAGCAGUAAGUGAGAGGGCUGUGAAUCUUUGGACUCCUGAACUGCCCCACCCCGAGGGGACCGGGGAUAGAUCACUUGAAUGGGUUCAAUAUCUGUUUUAAACUCAGAAGGAACGAGAUUUAUGGUAGCUGGGUGAGAGUUGGAUAAAGAUCAGAGGUCAGCUAUCAUCUUGUUGAAGGGUGGAGUAAACCCUGAAGGGCUGUUUGGUCUCUUUCUACUUUUCCAUUCCACAUGCGCCUCCUCCCAAUAAAUAAUCCACCCAAGAUAAUGAAAUGUGAGGCUGGAUGAACACAGCAGGCCCAGCAGCAU